UCUGGGCUACAGAGGGGUAGACGGCAGUCAGACCAGGACCAUGGAGCUCAGCGUCCUGUUGCUCCUCGCCGUUCUCACGGGCCUCUUGAUUCUCCUGUUCAGGGGCCACCCAAAGGACCAUGGCCACCUCCCACCAGGCCCACGUCCUCUGCCCUUCCUGGGCAACCUUCUGCAGAUGAACAGAAAAGGCCUGGUCAAAUCUAUCCUGCAGCUCCGAGAGAAAUAUGGAGACGUCUUCACCAUGUACCUGGGGCCGAGGCCUGUGGUCAUGUUGUGUGGAACAGAUACCAUACGGGAGGCCCUGGUGGACCAAGGCGAGACUUUUGCUGGCCGGGGAACAAUUGCUGUCCUGGAUGCUGUCUUCCAGGAAAAUGAUGUGAACUUUUCUGAUGUGGCACGCUGGAAGGUCCUUCGGAGAUUCACUUUGGCCACCUUGAGGGACUUUGGGAUGGGAAAGCGGAGCGUGGAGGAGCGGAUUCAGGAGGAGGCGCAGUGUCUGGUGCAGGAGCUGCGGAAAUCCAAGGGAGGCCUUGUGGAUCCCCUGUUCCUGUUCCAGUCUGUCACUGCCAACAUCAUCUGCUCCAUUGUCUUUGGAAAACGCUUUGACUACAAAGAUCGCCAGUUCCUGAGGCUACUGAAUCUGUUCUAUGAGAUCUUUGAACUCCUCAGCUGCCUUUCCAGCCAGUUGUUUCAGCUCUACUCCAGCAUCCUGAAACACUUUCCUGGACCACACAGGGAAAUUUACAGAAAGUUCCAGGAAAUCAUCACCUUCAUUGGCCACAGUGUGGAGAAACACCGUGAAACCCUGGACCCCAACGCCCCCAGAGACUUCAUUGAUACCUUCCUGCUCCGCAUGGAGAAAGAGAAGUCUGACCAAAACACUGAGUUCCACCACAACAACCUCAUCAUGACCUUGGUUUCACUGUUCUUUGCUGGCACAGAGACCACCAGCACAACUCUCCGCUAUGGCUUCCUCUUUCUGCUCAAAUACCCCAAUAUCACAGCAAGGGUCCACGAGGAAAUUGAACAGGUGAUUGGCUCACACCGCCCACCAGCUUUGGAUGACCGAACCAAGAUGCCAUACACCGAGGCAGUCCUCUGUGAGAUUCAGAGAUUUGCAGACCUCUCACCUAUUGGUGUGCCCCACGUGGUCACCAAAGACGCUCACUUCCGAGGGUUCAUCAUCCCCAAGAACACUGAAAUAUACCCAAUUCUGACCACUGCUCUCCAUGACCCACGUCACUUUGAAAACCCAUACAUCUUCAAACCUGAUCACUUUCUGGAUGCCAAGGGGGCAGUGAAGAAGACUGAAGCUUUUAUGCCCUUCUCCAUAGGGAAGCGUAUUUGCCUUGGAGAAGGUAUCGCCCGUGCUGAAUUGUUCCUCUUCUUCACCACCAUCCUUCAGAACUUCUCCAUUUCCAGCCCAGUGGCUCCUGAGGACAUUGACUUCACACCCCAAGACAUUGGCUUGAGCAAAGUACCCCCAAAAUACCAGGUUCGGUUUGUGCCCCGCAUGGAAGAAUGAGAAAAGAGGAAGAAAGGAUUUCAGGGUCAUUAAGCACCUUAACUCUAAAGAAUGGCCCUCACUUCCUGCCUCUGCGAAUCCAGUUCUGAAUCAGCAUCCUUCCCCCUACCUGAUUGCUACUCCAUGCAAAAGUAAUUGUUGUGAUCUUCAUUCCAUACUGCUGAGGUUCUUCCAAAGCUCUGUGCUGCGUUUCUUUUCUGUGUGAAUAAAGUUACAUAAGUUAGAGCUGAAUCAACAA